AUGAUCUCGUUGAAUUGUACAGAUGAAACUAAUUUCUUGCUGGUAGGGUCGACGAAUCCUCCUCUCCGGGUAAACCGGGUGAUAGAAGGAGAGGACCCGAUUAAACUUGCACGGGAAUCAUUCCUCGCAAAUAUGGACGACUAUUCUAGAAAACAGAAAUCACGUUCAACAUCGAAAAGAUCGCCCUCGCCUUCCAAUGCUUCAAAUCCUUCAUCGUUUCGUGAACGACAGCAGGAUGAAAAAUUACGGAUAGCCUGUGGUCGUCCUCGCGAGGUCGAGGAAGCUAUUCCUGCCACAUUGCUACAUCCAGUCUUCGGCCAAUUCAUCGAUGACAGCCGGACUCAUACUAUAACGGAAGACGACAAUAAUCUCGUCGAUGAACUGGCGAAUGCCAUGUCAGCCCUUCAUGACACUGAAAAAAAGCGGGUAGAAACGGUUAGCGAGGUGCUCUCAAGGUACAAGCUCGGCUUUCGCCUGAACAGCAAGGUGCAAGGAACAGCAUAUUUCACGGAUGCAGAGAUGUCCGUCGAAGUUCAAAACUAUCGGCAUAGUUUUGUCAUUGCCGAGUUCAAGAACGAGGCGGCGGUCUCCAGUUCGGAACCAUACAUGCAGGCUCUCUCGUACUACCUGGAGUCAACGAGAGUGUCCGCACCUAGGAUGUCGGGGUCUGCUUUACCGUGUUUCCUGCUCAUACUUUUUGGACCAUAUAUUGUCUUCGCCGGUGCUGUGUGGACUUUGCGCCCUGCUGUGCAGAUACUUUCGAGCCCUCUUGCAUUCAAUUAUCAUUCCACGGAUACCGAUAAUCAGGUCACCGCCGCACGUCACAUGGCUGCAUUCUGCAAAGCUGUUAAAUCGCUCGAGAGAUAUUACAAAACGCUCCCUCCUGAAUCUGAACUUGCCAACAGGCUAUCUCACCCUAUACUCUUUCCUUACCCCACAAGCUUCAUAGCUCUCGACGACAACAGCAAACAGAAUUUCAACUAUAGGGAGCAUCUCGGACAAGAUGAGGGAAACCCGAAAAGACUUAUCUUUUUCGGAACCCUCGCUGAAGGAGAUGCUAAGGUUGCGAUAUGCAUCAAAUUUGUCCGACGUUAUUCAAGGGAUGCUCACAUGCACUGCGCUCUAUCUGGCGUCGCCCCUAGAUUACGAGGAUUCGAAAAGCUCCCUGGAGGUUGGUACAUGGUAGUCAUGGAUGAAAUUGUCGGAUACGAUGUAUUGGCGGACUUGCCCAAUACUGACCUCCUCCCCCGAUCGGUUUUCCAGGCCAUCGGAGAGCAGCUGAAGACACUGCAUGCUCGCCAGCUGGUUCAUGGCGAUAUACGCGAUACUAACAUCUUGGUGAAGAAGGAUGAUUGGACAAAGUUCAUGAUCAUCGACUUCGACUGGGCGGGGGUAGAAGAUGUCGUGCGUUAUCCUCCAUACGUUAAUUACACCAAGAUAAAGAGACCACAUGAGGCGAGAGAUGGACUCCCAAUUACGGCGGCUCACGAUCUUGCGAUGCUCGAUUCCAUCAUCGAAACGAGGGCCGAGAAUUAA